UUGCAACUUGCAACAAAACCCUAAAGUCUAAUAAAACUCCAUUAUAUAUAAAUUAACAUUAUAGCUUGUUAAUAACCUAGAUUAGGUAGCUAGAGCUAUGACAAAGAUUAAUAUCAAUGCUUUGGUAAUGAAUUUGCUAGUUUUUGUAGCAUUGCUUAUUGCAUUAUUUGGUGGUGCCAAUGCUAUUAUAGUAUGUAGCAUUGACACAAAUAAGCUAGAUGUAUGCCAUGAUGCAAUAACUGGGAAACGCCCUCCAAAACCAACUACAAAAUGUUGUGCACUUAUUAAGAAGGCUGAUUUGUCUUGUCUUUGUAGAUACAAGUCACUCCUACCUGCACUUGGAAUCAACCCUACAAAAGCUUUGGCCUUGCCUAAAAAAUGUGGUAGAAAAACACCACCUGGAUGUAGAGCGAAUUGAAGAAAUUCUUGAGAACCAUUUGCUUUUGUAAUGUUUAACUAAGCAUCCUCUGGCCUCUCAAAUAAAUGAAUAAUGUUUCUUCAAUGUAUUUACCUCUUCUAUCUAUUUAUGUAUUCAAGAUGUAUGAUGUAUUAAAUUUUAUAAAGUUAUUUGAUGUACUAAAAUUUAAAGAUAACAAAAUGUAUUUCUCACUCGAUGACAAGGAUUGUAAGUUUUAUGUAUCAGUCCCUUUACUCCUCAA